GUGGUAUUCGCUAAUAAACUGAGGUACAGGUUACCCCAGUGCGCCGCUCCCUCGCUGAAGAAGUUUUUGUGGCCCGCGCUAGAUGGCUUCAACCGGCCCCCAGGCAGCCGCCAGCGCAUGGACAAACGACGAAAGCAAUUGAUGUUUAAACAGACCAAGGGCUGUCACUCUGAUGAAUCAGCCCCGUACGGGGAAGGGCCGAUACCGGGUGCAGGAUGUGACUACUGGAAUAUCGAUACUAAACAAGACACCCCGGGAUGUGUUAGUUGCCGACACUCUACAAGGACGGCCGGUGGACGCGGUCCACCAGGAUCUUCCCCCCCAGCCCCUUCCAGCUGGCGAACAGGUCGACACCCAAUCCCCGACUUCUCCUCUUCCGACUUCCCUUCGCCUGUUUCCACCAAAAGGGGUAGCAGCCGACGUCAGGGAAGACAUCGGCAAUAAGGGGGAAAGCACCACGGGCCACCUAUCCCUGGAGGACCAGUUGCUGCAGGAGCGUGCUGACCGGCGGCACGUUACUCAGAAAAUGCAAGAGGAAGAACAUCUGGCCAUUGACAAGCUUGUACUGAGCUCCAAUGAUUGGUAUAUCGGCGAGUGGAACUUACAGGAAAAACGGCGAAAACGGUCAAAAUGUUGA